AUGCAGGUCGUACAGGACAAGGACGAGUCAUUGCAGGAAUACUUAGCUAGGUUCAGUCGGGCAACUCUCGGCAUAAGAGACCUGCAAAUGUCUGCAGUGGUUACCACCUUGAUGAAUGGAACGCGAAACUGGGCCUUUAAGAUGUCACUCUCCAAGAACCCCCCAGAAUCGAUGCAUGACCUAUUGAAGAACGGAGACAAGUAUGUCGAUGUGGAGGAAGCAGAGAAGAUAACUAAAAAUCUCAGGGAUGGAAGGGAGGCAGAAGUUCAUAAGCGAAAAACAUAUGACGAGCAAAAGCACACUGAUAAGAACAAGCCGAAGAAUGAACGCAUGAACAAGGGUUAUGCCCAAGACCGGCCGGUCAGGCAGAAGCGAGAGGAGGUCAAGACACCCACCCCUUUGAACAUUCCACGUACAAAGUUAUUGAUGGAAAUACAGCACAUGAAAGAGCUCAAAUGGCCUAAACCGAUGCUAACUCCUUCCGGCAAGAGAAAUCAGAGUAAGUACUGCCAUUUUCACAGAGAUCACGGGCAUGAUACCGAAGAAUGCCUACAAUUAAAGGAAGAAAUUGAGCGCCUGCUAAGACGGGGACUAUUGGCUAGGUAUGUGAAAAAUGACAAGGGCAAGCAAAGGCUCAAAGGUCUACCCCCACCGAGAACAGGAGUGAUAAACAUGAUCAUCGGAGGAAUAGCAUCAGGCGGCGACUCAAAUUCGGCUAGAAAAAGCUAUGCGCGUUCCGCAGGGGUCUGCUGUAUUCAGAAAAAAGCAAGAUUCAACCAGAGCAUUACUUUCAAUGAAGGGGACUUGAUUGGUGUGACGCACCCCCAUGAUGAUGCCUUAGUAAUAGUAGGCGAUAUAGCGGAUUUUGACGUGAAAAGGGUGUUAGUCGACGGAGGAAGUGCGGCAAAUUUCCUCACCUGGGAUGCCUUCAUGGGUCUAAAAGUUCCCCAAGAGAAGUUGAAGAUGGUGACUACCCCCUACAAGGCUUUGGAGGGGCAACAGUGA